ACACUCGCGGCGGGCGCUUAUGGACGGGAGCAACAGAGACAGAGAGCAAAAGGGAAGGGAGUUGGUUGGUUGCUUGCUCGCGGCGCGCUGCUCCGUUCACAGUUCAGUCGCGACUCGACGCUCGCUUGACGCGCGCACGAGUCGAGCCCAAGCCGACUUGUACGCCCGUACGUUGCCUCUAGUUGUACACGGAGAAAGAAAGAGAUGAGUGUGUGCAGUGACAGUGAGUGCGCGUGAGAGAUCGAAGGUGAAAGUGACACACGCACACGCGCGCGCGCGCACACACAGAAACACACGCCACGCGAGCGCGCGCGCGCGCGAGCGCGAGUACGCAUUUAUUUUUGGCAUAUCGGACAGAUCGGAUUUUCACCGCAGACGGAACGCAGGAGGAUAUCGCUUUUGAAUUCCCGGAGCAAUCGCGAAAAACAGAUAAUCGAGAGCCGAAUCCUCGACAGAGCAGUCACUCAAAUGGCAUCACCGAUGCGUCUGCCAUCGAUGGACAGGUGACGCGUCGUGUGCGAGAUCCUCGUCGUUGAAAGCUCCACUGCAUUCGACACGCAAUCUCGAUCGGAAAACAGAUACGCAAAGAAAAUGCUCAGUCCGUUGUGGUUCACGCUGACUUUGUUGGCAUGCGUGCCAUCGUCGAGUCUUGGUCGGCCAUCAAAUCACAAACACCAAACGUCGCAACCGGUAUUGAAGACAUUGGGUCAGGAGAUUGGUUCACCGUCGGAAUUAGCGUGGCAAGCAUGGUUACUUGUCGAGUCGAAAGGUGGUAUCUCAUCGGCAUUGGAUUCAUCCAAUAUUCUGCGUAGAAUCACGCCCAAAAGUAUCUUCAUCGCACCGGAAUUGAUCUCGUGUCCUGCGGGCUAUUCGACCGAUGGUAAGGGAACGUGUCGACCAGAUCCAAUCAGCAUCGACGAAGAUGCGCAAAAGCAGUUUAUCUUGAAAAGACUGAAUGCUCUUUACGGGAAAUUUGGUAAUAAUAAGAAGAAACCUGAACCACCGCCAGGUCCAUUGCAGAUAAAUAUACCGAUCUCGUUGCCAACGAAGAAUGCUCCACCCGAGCCGAUUCCAGUAUUGGUAGCUCAACAACCAGUCCUCGUUGGUAACAAUAAGAGUCAGGAAGCCGUUGCAGUGGUGGUCUACAAAGUAGAGAACGAGACGAAGGAUGAGUCUUCCGAGCCGUUCUUACUUGGUAACACAAACUCUACGCCACCAAAGAAAGUUGCUGAGAUAAUCGUCGAAGCAAAUGAUACUUUCACCGGUGUGGUGGAUUAUAAUAUUCCUCUACAACAAAACUCCACCAACCUUGGACAGCAGGCAGAUAAAAAAAUUAAUAAGGAAUCAUCGGAAGAUUCUUCACCUACGGUUGUCUUACUCUUAUCACCGACCAUGCUACCUUCUACCGCUGAGAAGCCGAAAAAGAUCUCCACGGAGGAGACGAAGAUGACCGAAACAACCACGCUACCGACUACCAUCGAUGACAACAAGUUCGAAACCAUUCAGACUGUCGCUCCGUUGGAACUUGAAACUGACGUCGAUACUACGAUUAGGACAACUGAAAAGACAUUAAGCACGAGAAGCAGGGAUGAUUACGAGCAUUCCGAUCAACAGAUGACCACGACAAUGUCAGCUCCAUCGACAAUGGAUGAUGAAACGGCAUACACCGACGAGGACGAAACUCAAACGCCGGAGCAGGGAUCCGAGGAAGAGCAAGAGCAAGAAGAGUACGAGGAUGAAUUUGCCGAAGACGAAUUGUUGAAACCAGGCGAAGCAGGAUCGAUGAUGUCAGCGAAAAAUCAAGAAUUGAUCCGUUCGAAAAUUCAUCAGCCGUCAACUUUACCCGUUGCAUCAACUACAACGAUGUUACAACAAGAUACAACGACGAUACCCCCCACAGUGCAGGAUACAUACGACGCUAAGGAGAGUACAAUCAAAGCCGAAGCGACGGUUUUCACCACUCAAACGACUGAUGUACCGAGCACCACAGUUAACGCUGUGCCCGAGGAGACAACGAUAACAGCCACGACAACUGUAACAUCGCGACCACAAAGGGUUAAAGCUAGCAUUCAAAUUAAUCCGUACACCACGGAAAUACGACGUCAGCCAACUACAAUUCGGGCGACGGAGAUUCCAACCGAACCACCGUCAAUGUUCUUGUUGCAAAGACAACCGCAACAGCACAAGCCAUCGUUCACCGUCAACGACGAGCCGAUUUUUUUCAACGACGGUAAACGAGAUAAUCUACCACCUGAGUUCAAAGAUCAAUUGUCACGCGAUCGCACCUACAUACGAUUUCCCGACCCACCUCAACAGCAACACCCGCGUGGUAGUUUCGUGAGAUUCCCAUCGGAUGACGUCAAUAGCAUCCACAAUCAAGACACUUUCAAGGAUUUGUCGCCGUUUCAGUAUAGCUCGAGUACGAAGAGCAGCGUGCAGCGCUGGCGACAGCAGAAACAAAAGCCAAUGUUACUUAAAUUCUGGGCGAGAAUGCCGUUGGUUAGGGAUCUGUCAUUUUAUCCAACGACGAGUCACGGCUCGCAUAAUGAACCCAUCGGAGGACCUACACCACCUACGUCAAGGCGUGGCGGUGGAACGAUUUUUAAGAACGACGCUUAAGAUGAUUUAGAGAGUUACAUGCAUGCAUUUUGUAAAUACGUCAUUAUACCUGCAUCGAAGCGCUGCGUUGGUGAUAUCAAAAACUCGGCCGUAAUUACUAAGCUGCAAUUACGUCGCUUGUAGUUUGUUUAUUCUUUAGAAGAAACACCCAAACAAUUUUCUGUAAGCUCGUUCUCUCUUUUACACUUUUCUAUAGUUCAUUCAGAAAUAUUGUCGGUGUUUCGUCCUGCUACCAUAUAUGCGAAGACUUUUUUGCUUCAAGACGCACACAUUCAAUAUUACGCGUAUUAAGCUUCUUAGAAUAUAUAAGAUAUCUACGUAGAGUAUGUGCGUGCUUUUUGGGUAUCAUAUCUAAAUGGUAAUUGUAGUAGCGGAGCAACUCGUAUAAUAAUCGACGUAAGUAAUAUAAGUAAUUCACUAAUUGUUGUUUAGAGGAUAUUGUAAAUCUCUACACGCAGUAGGGAUUCCCGAAUUACAUAUACAAUAUACAUUACUUUCAUUCAUUCAUUCAUUCAUUCAUGUCUUAUCUUUUUUUUAUAUACGACGUUGUUUCACUUCACCGAAAAUAUCGAAUCUCAGUAGUUUGUAAGUUUCUUUAGUGGCCCCACGUGCAAAAGAUUCAUUGCUAUACAGACUGAAAAAUACGAGAAAAAAAAAUUUCUUUACGUGUCUGGACUCGAGAUGCAAUGUUUUUUCUGCUAAAAUUAGAACUUGAAUGAAUUAUAAUCAAAUUUUUCUUUUCUCGCGUACUCGUGCGGUAAAAUCUUUUGUCUUUGUUUGGCGUGCCACUGGCGAAUCGUCGUUCUUCCGAAUUUUGUAAUAUAUAAUUAAGCUUAAAUAUACGCAUCUCAUCAAUAUUUAACAAUAGACUAAGUAUAUAUUAAAACAAAGUCAUAUCGCUGUUGUGUGGAAACAUCGAAAUAUUGUUACUCUUUAUAUAGUCGAAUCAUAUAUAGUGUAUGUUUGUUUGUUUUUUUUUUUUUUUCAUAUCUCCUCCUUAUUUCUAUUACAUAGUAAAAUUGUUGUCUAUUAAACGUAUUAAAAUGAAAUGAAUGUUGUAUGCAGAGAGCCGAUUUGAGAUUAUAUAGCUAAACUCGCCGUAUUAUAGUGGCCAAUGAUUCUUUGAUAAUACACUCGCAUAUUAACGAUAUUUUCUCAUCGAGGGAGAAAUAAAAUGAAAAAUCGUUUCUAUUAUAACGAACGUGUAAACGCAAAAGCAUUUAAAUCUGUUGUUAGGUAGAAAUUUAGAUACGUAUUUAGCGAAAAGGAAAAAUCAAAUUUUCCAAUAUAUACUCAUGUGCAAUUUUGAAAUAUAAGAUGUAUAAUCUCUUCAAUCAAAUGUACUGAUUAUGGGUCAUGCAAUGUUAUUGUGCAUUUUUUCUUUCUCAUUGUACUUGUCAUUUAUUUCGCAUGCGAAUGAUUUGCAAUGUGUCCUUUGACAUAUAUUUGCUUGUUUUGUGAUUUAGUUUAUUUGUUUGCUUUAUGUAACCGAAAUUGUGUAUAUAAUUUUUUGUUUACAAACAGUUAAAUAUUUCGUAUAUAAUACAAUAAGUGCAAAAAUUGAUAUAUUUGUUUUCUUCAAUGUGAGAGGUGCAAAUUCAAUGCAUGUCCGAUAAUCGGUAUCAUUUUUUACUUCAAUGAGAUCUGAACAUAAUCAUCAUAUCAUAUUCAUAUAGGUAAUUAAUUACACGAAAUUAUCAAAUAUCUGACAUUGCGGCCAGUAAACGUAUACUCUGUAUCCCACACGUUUUUUUAUACUCAUUCUAUUCUUCUCCAUGUGCUGUGUAAUGUUUUUUUCUGGCGUAUGAAUGUUAAAUCUUGUGUAAAUAUUAAUUCAUUUUUAUUAUAAACCAUAGAAUUAUUAUUAGUUUGAAAACGCAGAUUUGUAUAUAUAAAGCGUAACGAUAUAAGUGUUAACUUUAUC